AUGUCACUUCCUUCUAUCCAAAGAGUUUUUCUUGAAUCUAUUUCAUCCGUUGAUCGAGAUGGGCAGUUUGUGGUUGUUGACGGUAUUCAAACAUUUUAUAAACUAUCAACUCCUCGAAAUCAACAUGGAUUACUUGAAGACAAUGUUAAUCAUAACAAGCCUGUGAUUGUGUGUCUUCAUCAAGUAUUUGGAAAUCUUUACACUUGGAAACAUCAGAUGCAACCACUAGCAGAUGCUACAGGCUGUCAUGUUAUAGCUUACGAUAGGCCUGCUUUUGGUUUUACUGAGAGAAUAACUCAAUGGGAAGAAGGAAAAAAUCCAUACACACAAGAAGCUGCGUGUGAAUUUCUUUUGAAGUUCUUAUCAAGUACUGGUUAUGGUGGCAGGAGAUUUGUAUUUAUGGGAUCAUCUGCUGGUGCUGCAAUUUCUUCUUAUGUUGCAAUAAAAUAUCCACAAAUUGUUUAUGCUUUAAUUUUAAUUGCCCCAUCUUUAAAAGCUGAAGAUCAAGGUCCACCACCAAUCUCGUGUACAAUUUUAGGGACAUUUCCUGGAAGAUUGUUUCUUAAAGCAGCUUUAUAUAAAAACCUUCCAAUGUUAGCAUUAUAUAAUGAUGUAAACACAAUUAGCGAUUGGGAAACUGUGGUUAAACCUUGUUAUAGAACGCCGUUAACCCUGCCAAAUUUUUACGAAGCAGCAUCAUACAUAAUGAGAUACUUUAUUCCACUUGAAAUUCUACCACAUAAACACAUCCUACAAAGAUUACCAAUUUUAUACAUAACAGGCGAAAAUGAUAAAUAUACAAGUUUUGAAAACCAUCAACAGAUAUUUGAAGAUUUAAGAUCGAAUUCACCACCUAAUGCCAUAUUACAAUUUAAAGGGAUAGCAGAAUGUGGUCAUCUUCCCCAGGAUGAAAAACCUCAAGAAGUUUUAAGGUUAUCAAUAGAAUUUUUGAGAAAUCUUGGUCUUUGA